AGCUAAACUAAAAUAGACAUUGAAAAUGAAAACAAUAAAAACGCGCAACAAUUUAACAAAAAUGUCAUGGCUAAAACGGUCAGAAAAGUGAAACGUGGUAAAGCGAAGGAAAAUAUCAAACCACCAGCAAUAAUAGUCACAUCACCGGACAAUACAGAGAUGACAGUUAAAGCAAUCGACACAGAAAAAGCUAACGACCAAACUACAAAACCAUUUAUAGACGACAACAACAAAAACAUGGAAUUCAACGUGAAUCAACUCAUCGCUGAACUAUCGGAGAAUUCGCGAGCUUCCAAAGGAGAGAUAGAGCACAUACAAAGGAAGCUCUUGCAACAAGCAAAUGAGUUUUUAAAAGUGAACGCAUUCGCAAACCAAUCUGAGCCCAGGGUAAUCAGCACGAUGCAAAAAUACCCAGUGUAUGGCGUGCCAAACGGAGCCUCGAAUUGUGUUCAAGAGGCUCAAUUAGUUCCAGAGAAGUUAACAAAUAAUUCUAGUGCAAUGAUAAGCACGCAAAGGGUCACAAGCGAGGCGGGAAGAAGUUUUUUCUCGGAAACAGGUUUUGCCGCGCGCGUCGCCAGUCAGCCCGCCGCGUCCAUGCGAGGUACAAUAGAAUCAGUGCCACCAUACAGAAUGCCGCCCGCGCCGGAGGCCGCGCUGCCCGGCGCGCCCGCACCCUCCCUGCCAGCUAUACACACACACUCUGCUAAGUUUCCCAUAGAGCGCGAAGUGAUCUUGUCAUCAGGCGACAAAAACUCCAAAGUGCCGAUCCUGCAAGAGGCCAGAAAGCGCGGCAGACUAGGCGCUGUCGCCCCUGAUACUCCCCCUAAAGCGCUGUCUGCUUGGACGCAUGCUGAGAACCAGCAAGCCGGCACAUCAGGCGACUUCAGACAGUACCACGAACAGUACGGCUACGCUAUCCACCAAGCACAGAACCUACCUCGCAAUCAAAACUACGACUCCCCAAAACCACCUAUACCCGCUAAAAAUGCCUACAAAACUGACACACCAAAUAACUCCCACAUGGUAACAGUAGUAGAAACAGGCAAGGACAGUACAAGAGACGCGCCUAAAAGUGCCAAAUCCGUUAGCAAAACAUAUCACACCUUAAAGGACAUGAUCUCAAGUAGAUUUAAGGGUAAAGAGAGCAACGAAGGCGAGAAAGAAGAAGCUAGUUUAAACAAUAUUGAGGAACGGAAACGGGAACCUGAACAAACUCCACCGAAGGAAGUGAGAAAGGAAGGGAUAUAUGGACGGCCGAUGCAACGACCGGAAAUGCAAUACAACCACGGGAUGACAAAUAAUAUGGCAUACCCAAGCCCAUCGCCACACAGGCAGUUAAUGCAACAGCAAAUGGUCCAGCAUCAGAUGAUGAAUCAAGCAAGGUCACAAGAGAUGUUAGCGCACAGGCCUCAAGCUUUAGGGGCAGAUGCUCUUUACCAACAAUAUGGCCCGCCUGGAAGACGAAGCGCAAUGUACCAACGGGAUCUUGAUGUUAGGUCUAUGGCUAAUUUUACGUCUCUUAAAACUGGCCCUCAAGCUCAGUUUGACAACUCACAUUCGCGACCCGAUUUGAGAAGUCCGCAACAGUUAGAACGGGAGAUUAUUCAACAGCGAAGGUUUAUAGAAGGAAGACGUGCGUCGUCACAUCCACAUUUACUGGACGAACCUCAGAGACCAGAAGUGAAGCCGCAAGUGUACGAUCGGUCUCGAAGGAACUCACACGGAAAUUUAUUAGACGGAAUGCCCAAUGAAAACGGCCCGCCUAGAAGUAAUGAUGAAAGGGAAUCAGAUGAUGGAGGGUUUAGAAUGAGAUUAGCUGCCCAGGGUCGAUCAAGCUUCGAGCGCAUAAGAACAAGCGGGAGAUCUGUAGAAUCGAGAACACCAGAAGAAUAUAGAAGAACCCCAGACAGCCAUAGAGAACGAAGAACACCAGACAGUCAUAGAGAAAGAAGAACACCAGAUUCUGUUAAUCAAAGACAAAUUGAAGAGACACCAAAUGAAAAUGAAGCAGAGAGAAAUGAUGAAAACAUAAGUCAAAAGUCGGCAGAUAGUGUUUAUAAUUCUAGCAAAACAGAGGCUUAUAAUCCACAACCGUCGUCGUCGAGACAGACGCCAAAUAGGAUAGAAGAUUUGAAAGCGAGCGGAAAGAAAGGCGCUGGCGGAUCUGCGGCAAGUUCAGACUACGACAAAAACGGUGGCCAAUCAUCGAACGUAGAUUCCGGUAGAGGCAGCGUCGCCUAUUCCAGUGGACGACGAGCUGAUGCCAGUCUACAUGACACGUCAGCAGAUUCUGAUGGCGCUACAAGAGAAAGGGCACAGCCUCAACCUGGUACUAGCCAGCAGAACCCGCAACCUUCCGGUGAAAACGAAUGGGCCGAUCGCGUAGAAUGUGAACUCCGACAGAUCUUAGAACCCAAACUGUCCAACAUGCGGCUCGACAGCUCCGACAGUUCAGACAGUUCGAUCACACCCCCCCUGCCCCCACUAUCGCCUUCCUCUGAUUUGCCCAAACGGAACAGUCUACCCGGCCGUUCCUCCGAGUACCCCGAGGAGCGUCGUCGCGGGCGCGAGUCCCCGCGCUGGCACACACACACACACUCGCACACGCACUCGCACAAGAAGCACUCCACCAAACGGGACCAGCAUUAUAAGAAACAUUUGUUCGGGCUGGACACGACCGACAUGACGUCGACGACCACGCGCAGCCUGGACCUGUCGUCGCUGCUGGACGCGCGCACCGACAGCGACGCGUCCAGCGGCGACGCGCGCGCCAUCCGCCGGCAGCUGCGCGGCCUCGAGACCAUGUACGCCGAGGUGCUGCAGCUGCUCGGCGUGCGCAAGCCCGGCCUCAAGCAGCCCGCGUGGGAGCCCAGGUUAUCAUCAAAGCGUCGCUACGGCAGCAUGUCGUCCCUCCCGUCCAGCUCUGUGAGCAGCCGCCCGCAGCGGGACAAACGACGCUCGUCUGACCAUCGGAAGAAACAUGACAUCAAGGGCAUCAACAAGCGGUUCCAACGCCUGGAGUCGCACGUGGUGACGCUGGCCCGCUCCGUGGCGCACCUGUCCAGCGAGAUGCGCACACAGCAUCUCGUCAUGCAGGAGAUGGACAACAUCCGCGCGGAGAUCGCGGCGCUCAGACAUAUGUACAAAUCGCAGCAGUACAUAAGAUCAGGUCACAGCCGGCACUUGGACCCGUACUCGUUCAGCAACCCCGACCGGGUCAAGCGGCUCACCAAGUUCUUUGGGGACGAGCCGCCCCUCAUGCGGCUGUUCUUGAAGAAGCUGGGUUAUGAGAAAUACGCAGCACUGCUAGAAAAAGAGAAAGUAGGGGCAGCAGAACUGCCCUACGUCGGUGAAGACAAGUUAAGAGCCCUCGGCGUGCCUCUCGGACCUCGAAUGAGAAUAUUAAAAGAAGCUGGUAUACAUCAUGACAUACAUUUCCCGAGAGACGACCCUAAUACCACUACAACUACUCUGGCUAUAGUUUAAUUGUUAAUAAAAUGUUAUAUAAUAGCGCCAUUUAGUUCUAAAGUAUGUGAACUCAGCUAAAAAUUUAUAUUAUCAAAGUUGGCAUUCACCAUGACACGCUUUUCUAAAGAUAACCUUAUGUAAUUCUGGCUUCUUGUUUUGUGAUAAUAAGGCCAUCUAGUUCUGAAUGAUAUAAACUGAACUGUCAAUUAUAGCACCUAGUUCUGAAUGAUUAAAAAUACAGUUAUGCCCGUUUUCACCAACAACCCGUAAAAUUUAAGUGUCACCUAAGUCAAUUUAGGGGAUACCUAACGUAAAAUUUGCUUUCACCGACAGAUAAGUGUCACCUAAAUCGUCAGGUUCGGUAGUGAUUUGAAGGGUCCCUUAUACUUAGGAGACUGUUUAGGGGUUAUUGGUGAAAUCGGGAAUUAGUCCACUUAAACUUGCAGUCAAUAAAAAUAUGUUUGAAAUUUAGAAAAUAGAAACAAAAAUGCUAUUUAUCGUGACACUUUCCGAGGGACGACCCUAAUACUGCUUACAACUCUUUCUAUAGUUUAAUUAGAAAAACAUUAUUGAUACAUAGCGCCAUCUAGUUGUAAACUUAGCAAACAAAAAUACUCAAAAAAAAUAAAACUGUAAAAGCAAGAUGAAAAAAACUUGAAAAAAUAUGUACAAAUCGCAAAAUCUUCGUAAAUUUCAUCGUUUUUUAUGUUACAUACAGAAAAGGACUGAUAAAAUACAAAAAAAAAUUAAACUCAAUAUCCUCAUACUACAUUUAAAACUGGACUGAGAUGUAGGCUAUUAUUUAAGGCUAACAAAAUUGUAAAUAUAAAUAUAAAUUUAAGACAAGUCUUACUUCGUGUUCAAAUAUGUACUUAGAAUAAAUCGAGGCUCAUGCAUUUACAAUACUGCGUAAAUAUAUGUUUAUAUAUAAACCAAUAUUAACUUUGUCAAAAUCUUAAAACCUACAAAAAACAGAAUUUUCUGGUUUUACCCGCUUAGAAAAAAAGUUGUUACAUUAUUUUACUGUCAGCCAUGAUUUUUUCAAGAGAAUUUGCAAAAUUUUAAUAAUAUGUCAUUACGCUUCUAUAUAUUA